AUGCCGCCCGCCCCGCCGCCCGGCGCACUCGCUGCGGGCGGCGUGACUGUCGACGUGCUCGGUCAGUCGGGCAAGCUCACACUCUCCAACGGCGACAAUAGCAUCACCGUGACGAUGGACAGCAUCUACGAGCUCGAUGCAUCUGGCACGCAGAUCGGGAAAUCUGGACCAAACAACUGCAAGCACUCGCGCGAGCAGUUUGCCAGCACCGACUUUGACGUGUAUGCGCCCACCCGCACCUACGCCUACGGCGUGCCUGCCUGGCAGACUGUCUUCAACGUGACCUUGUUUGACGAGAACCAGUGCGACCUCACGUGCCCAAGCAGCAGCCCCAACCCCCAGCGGCGCCGGCUCGAGUCCCGCCCUUGCGGCGACGCCGGCGUGCUCCAGGUUGAUGUGCUCGUGUUUGAGCACGACGGCAUCAUCACACCAACUGACAACGAGUCGUGGGCAGUGGUUGGCGGCACGGUCAAGUUUUCCGUCUCCGUGCUCAACUGGCCCUUUUGCAGCGGCGAGAACGACCAAUCGACGGACAUGGGAAAGGCUUGCAUGGGCAAGACCGGCGCUGGGCUCGAGCUCGAGAUCGAAAUCAAAGGCUCGAGCGAGGUCAAUGGCACCCUGCCCGCGGGCGAGAAGCGCUACACGCUCGCCACCAACGCCCAGCGCGGCAACGACAUCACCCUUGAACUCUCGGACGAGGUGUUUGUCGAUGGGGAAGAGUGGCGGGCAAUGGAGCAAGGGUACGCGCUGCUCAAGCUCAACCGCAUCCCAGGCCGCUCGCUCAUCUUCGUCAACGCGGCGCAUGCGGACGCCGUGGCGGCCGGCGGCGCUGUGGCGGACGGGGAGGCGGCGGCGGCGGAGGGGGGGGGCGAGGCGGGCGGCGGUGGAAAGAAGCGGAAGCGCAAGGGCGGGGGCGGCGCCGCGGCGGCGCCGCCGACGGCCUCCGACGCCGAGUUCGGCGUCUCGCGCGGCGUCGACUUUCGGGACGUGACGGCCGUCAUCAACAUGGACUUGCCCCGCGGGCUCCCGACCUACCAGCACCGCGUCGGCCGCACGGCGCGUGCGGGGCAGGGCGGCACCGCCAUCUCCAUGGUGGACGACGCUGACGCCGCCGACGCCGCGCUGCUGCAGGCCCUGCGCGGGGAGUAUGGCGACGCCCUCCGCCAGUUCUCGGUCGACUUUCGCAAGCUGUCGGCGUUUCGGUACCGCGUGGACGACGCGAUGCGCGCGGUGACGCGCGCGGCGGUGCGCGAGGCGCGGCUCAAGGAGAUCAAGCAGGAGCUGCUGCACUCGAAGAGGCUCUCGGAGCACUUUGCCUCGAACCCGGACGACCUCGACGCGCUGAGGCACGACAAGCCGCUCGCCACCGUCCGCCGCCAGCCCCACCUCGAGAACGUGCCCGCCUACCUCAAGCCAGACACCGAGGGCGCCACCGCCGCCGUCGCCCCCGUGGCCAGCCGCCGCCGGCCGCGCGACGGCCGCAAGGCGCGGCGCCCCGCGUCCGCCUUUGGGGGUGGGGGCAGCAAGCGGCGCAAGGACCCGCUGCAAACCUUCAAGGGCGGCGGCGGCCGGGCGGGCAAGGGGCGGCGCAAGUGA